AUGGCAUCGACUGGAAAUGAAGGUGGCAACAAUAGCAUCUCCGCCUAUGGACAUGCUCGUUCGACAGUAAGCGGAGAGCCUCUUGACCCUGAAGAUGUUGUGAAGAUGAACGCAUACUUCCAGGCCAGUAUGUACCUAUGCCUGGGCAUGCUCUACCUUCGUGACAAUCCAUUACUCAAGGAGCCUCUCAAACUGGAACAUGUUAAAGCUCGGCUCCUAGGCCACUGGGGAUCGGAUGCCGGGCAAUCCUUUACGUGGAUUCAUAUGAAUCGUCUGAUUAAAAAGUACGACCUCGAUGUACUUUUCGUAUCCGGUCCUGGACACGAUGCUCCCGCAAUCCUAUCGCAGUCGUAUCUUGAGGGUGUCUACUCUGAGGUCUAUCCCGAUAAAAGUGAAGAUAUACAGGGGAUGCAAAGGUUCUUUAGGCAGUUCUCAUUUCCAGGCGGUAUUGGCAGCCAUGCGACCCCUGAGACUCCCGGGAGUAUUCAUGAGGGUGGUGAAUUGGGAUAUUCUAUCUCGCACGCUUUCGGGACAGUCUUCGACCAUCCCAACCUCAUAACCCUGACAGUGGUGGGUGAUGGUGAGGCGGAGACGGGCCCCCUUGCGACUAGCUGGCACAGCACCAAAUUCCUUAACCCAUGUACCGAUGGAGCGGUCCUUCCUGUUCUCCAUCUCAACGGAUACAAGAUCAAAAACCCGACAAUUCUUGCACGGAUUAGCCACGAUGAAUUGUCAUCAUUGCUCGUUGGUUACGGAUGGACACCAUUUUUCAUAGAAGGAAGCGAUUUGGACAGCAUGCACCAGGCCAUGGCCGCUACACUUGAAAAAUGUGUCCUGGACAUCAAGAAGUACCAGGAGGAAGCUCGGAAAUUCAUAGGGGCGUUCCGACCACGCUGGCCGAUGAUAGUUCUCCGUACUCCUAAGGGGUGGACCGCUCCAAGGAAGGUCGACGGCAGGCUCUUGGAGGGUUUCUGGCGCGCACAUCAGAUCCCAAUUACCGAUGUCGCUACAAAUCCAAAACACUUGAAGCUGCUGGAGACAUGGAUGAAGAGCUACAAGCCGGAAGAGCUCUUUGACAAAGAUGGAAAGCUGGCUCCUCAAUUGAAGGCGCUUCCCCCAAGGGGAACAUCGCGGAUGAGUGCUAAUCCAACUGGCAACGGCGGUCUUCUUCGCAGACCACUGAAUUUGCCGGAUUUCCGAGGUUAUGCCUUGCGUGACAUCGAUCAGGGUGUUUCCAUCCGAGGAAACAUGGUGAACAUGUCGAAAUUUCUUCGGGAUACUAUUUCCAAGAACAUGACUAGUUUCCGGGUCUUUGGUCCUGAUGAAACCGAGUCCAAUAAGCUAUCAGAAAUUUAUAAGGCAGCCACUGAAGGCCGUGUGAUGGAGAUGCUCAGUGAGCACACUUGUGAAGGGUGGUUGGAAGGAUACAUUCUCUCCGGAAGACACGGGCUGCUCAAUACUUACGAAGCUUUCGUCCACGUCAUCGAUUCCAUGGUAAACCAGCACUGCAAGUGGAUUGAAAGGUGUCUUGAGGUAGAAUGGCGUGCAAAGGUCGCGUCUCUCAAUAUAUUGAUCACCGCCACUGUCUGGAGACAAGACCAUAAUGGCUUUACUCACCAGGACCCUGGAUUUCUAGAUGUUGUGGCCAACAAGAGCCCGGAAGUGGUGAGAAUCUACCUACCACCAGAUGGGAACACCCUCCUUUCAGUUACGGACCAUUGCCUCCGCAGUGUCAACUAUGUCAAUGUCAUCGUCGCUGACAAACAGGAUCAUCUCCAAUAUCUUGGGAUGGACAAGGCCAUUGUGCACUGCACAAAGGGCCUAGGAAUCUGGGACUGGGCCAGCAACUACCAGGGCCAGGAUCCCCACGUGGUAAUUGCAUGUUGUGGUGAUGUACCGACACAUGAAGCUUUGGCCGCCACAGCUAUUCUGCGCGAACACCUCUCGGAUCUAAAAAUUCGCUUCGUUAACGUAAUGGAUCUCUUCCGGUUGAUUUCAGAGACAAACCACCCUCAUGGCAUAUCCGACCAACAGUGGAAGGCAAUCUUCACUGAAGACAAACCUAUUAUCUUCAACUUCCACUCAUACCCUUGGCUCAUUCACCGUCUAACAUACAAACGGCCUGGGCAGAAUAACUUGCAUGUCCGGGGUUAUAGAGAGAAAGGUAACAUUGACACUCCUUUCGCCUUAGCCAUGCGCAACCGGACGGAUAGAUACAGCCUGGCUAUCGAUACGAUCGAUUUAAUCGACUUUCCAAGGAACACGACAUCUCAUGUCCGAGAAAAGCUGAUCAAUAUCCAGCUUGCAGCGAAGAUGGAAACUUACAACAGCGGUGUCGAUCCCGAAUAUAUUCGGAGUUGGACCUGGCCAUAUCCGAAAAAGUAG